CAAAGUUACUAAAGUUGCUUGAAGUUAAUUGCGCCACUUUCCAAAACCAGCCCUGAAUUUCUGCUGCAUACACAGAGCCACCUUAACAGUUAACACGGAACAAGAUGGCGGCAACGUGGCAACUUCGCUGAUUGCAGUUUAAGACUUCAAGUGCCGUUUCAGCGAAUGAUUUCGACUUUGUUCAGGUUUUUCGCUCUUCGAGAAAAUGCAAGACAAUAUCUGAGAGUUAUUUUGCCAUGCCACGCAUGGAAGGCGCCCUUUGGAAAUGGACAAAUUAUGUUAGCGGUUGGCAGUUGAGAUGGUUUGUCCUGGAUUUUGGUGUGUUGUCCUAUUACAAAUCUCAGGAUGAUAUUAAACUGGGAUGUAGAGGAUCUGUGAAAAUGGGCUGCUGUGAUGUUACAGCCCAAGUUGGUGAUGCUUUGCGAAUCAAUUUGAAAUUCCCCCCAGAUCAAUACAUGUACAUCAAAGCGACCACAGCCAGUGAAAGACAACAAUGGCUUGUGGCAUUGGGUUCAUCAAAAGCUUGUCUUACACAAGGAAAUGUACCAGAAAAAACUAAUAAAAAUAAUCAGGUUGAAGUUCAGGCACCACCUGAGCAGACCCUCCAUGAAAAGAUGUCCGAAAUGCAUGUUUGCCAAAACAUUUUGCUGGAUCAAAUUAACGCCAUCAAAAACUUAUGCGAAGACAAAGAGAAAUCACAUGAAUUCCACGAAGCCGCCACUCUCCUAUCAGCGACAUGUGAUGCUUUUCUCACGAAUUUAGCGGACUGUGUUAAGAUUGCUGAACACAAGUUUGGUUCAGGGACACCACUCUCUUCUCCGAUAUCUCCUCUUGCUUCUGCACACAAGACUUUCAGUAGACCAGGCAUUAAGCUAUCAAAUCAAUUACAGUCAAGAAAAGCGGAUUCUAGAUCAUCUCCAAGUUCUUCAUCACCAAGUUCGACCGGUUCUAAUCAAAACAGUCCGUCGUCUUUUCCUGAUGAAGAAACAAUCGGAAAAGACGAAGCAAAACCCGGCCUUUCUGUGAAAGCAGGACAGAACGAAGUCACGAAAGAUGUGGCGUUGAAUUUAAGCGAAGCUUUCUCUGAUGCAAAAGAAAUAACGAUCGCACCAACAAUUUUUUCUACCGCUCCAAACAGAUUCAAAGGAGUUGAAGUGUCGGAAAAUGGUGAGAUACCGACUAAGUCAUUCCUACUGGCUUGUAAUUCAAUUCUUCCAAUAUUUGACGUGCUUGGGCCGACUGCCUUCGCUCCAGUGAAGCUUGAUAUCAGUGGAAAUAUUAAGAAAUUGACAUCAAAAUACGACGGGGACAGAGAGUCUUGUUCUACUCUUCAAUCAAUGAUAAAUGUCGAGAUUCACUCUAAUACAUGUACUGUAAAGAACUCGGCUACCGAUGCUCUCUUGUGGCUGAAAAGAGCGUUACAAUUCACGAAUGCAUUUCUAAUGGAAAUUAACAAAGGAGAAAGAGAAUUAGUUGUGGUUGCAUCUAAUGCAUACUCAAAAACCUUACGGAAAUAUCACGGCUGGAUGGUUCGAGGGGUAUUCGCGUUGGCUGUGAAGGCGGUGCCGUACUGGAAGGACUUUGUGACGGCCCUCGGUUCAACGGACAGCGGAGUUGCGCCCGAGCCAGAUGUACUUCAUGAUAUAAAGGACUUUACGGAUACACUGUCCCCGCUUAUCGAACGUAUCGAUGAAUUUUAUGCAAUGAAUAAUUUAGACAAUGAUAAUACUGUAUAAACUGUAGUGUAGUUAUUUAGUUAAUAUUUAUAUCAAAUGAUCCACCCAGCGUGGUUCUUCAAGUUGACAAAGUUGCGUGUUAACCAUCCAUUGUAUGAGGACGAAUUGAGGCCAGCGCUGAGCGCUAACUUUGCACUCAAAUGACGCGUUCUGCGUCGGUAUAAUGGAAAAUAUGAUUGCCAAAUUAUUAAACUGCUCGCCUCCUAUUUGGUGCAAGCAAAACAAAUCACGUUUUCAGCACAAGUUACCGUUUUAAAAUGUUCUGAUAGUCAACCAGUAUUAUACAUACACACGGCUUCGUGUUAUGAUUUCAGUGCUUUUUACCCCGUUGCAGAUUGCGUCAUUUGUGUGGCAGAGUGUAAGGGCCAUAAAUUUCGUUGAAACUGCGGAGUCUGGGGCUAAUUUUGUUUUUUGUGCCUUCCCUGUGCUGAGCUACAUACACAAUGACCCAACUGGAGUGCCUGCCUGUGUGAGGCUCGCAAUGUCUUUGUCCCCUAUGCCGCUAUUUUAUAGGCAAAUUUUAAUAUAUUUGUUUAUUCUAUGUGUUACAUUUAGAUUAUGUGCACACGGUGUAUAGCUUUUCUGUAGUUUUAUUCGUAUUAUCUUGCCAAAGCGGACACGAACACUAUCAAUUUAUGGCAGAAAUUGGAGUAACCUUAGUGUAAUGAAAAUAUUUUCUUUCGAACAAUGUCAAGAAGACCUCAAAACAAUCAAAUCGAAAACGUUUUCGAAAACGCUUGAUGCCUUUCUACAACUAAAACCUAAAGAAUUCAACCAACUGGAAUUAGGUCAAAAUAAUUUCAAAACAACAAGGGCAACCAAAAGGUAAUAUUAAUUUUUCAGUUGAAUAGUAAAAAUUCUUGAGAUGGUCCAAAUGGUACAAAUUUUAUGGUUGGCCCUCUAAAAUGCUUGUUUGAUAUGCAACUCCAAGGCUAUAUCUUCAUAAAAACACGAUUAUAUUGUAUUCCCAUUUCGGCUGGAGUGACAUAUUUGGAUAGACAAAUUGCAUUACGUCAUUGAACGAGUUCUUUGCAUUUUUAUACAUGGUAAAGUAUGUAAGGAAUUUGUUAUCGUGAUUAACGACAAACGCAAUACAAUUAUGGAAUAAUUAUAGAUAUUGCAAUGAGAUAAGAGUUACAGACACGCGAGACAACCUUUGUUUAGAACAAAGCGAGAAAUUAUCUACAAUGUUAGACAAUAUAAGGAAUAAUACAUAACGAUUUUAACUGAUUCAUUUUUUGUAUUGGUGUUUAUGCGUAAGAAAGACUGACUGUCAAUUUGCCAAAGU